CGACUCACGUCUCGCUGACGUCAGAGGUCGAAGUUGAAAGGUGACGGCUCGUGCUUGGAAGGUUCGCGGGAAACAUCCCAAAACAAAUCGGUUCUGCUGGCCACGCGACCAACUCCAGACUCAGUCUGAACUGAUCAACCAAUCAAACUGAUCGAUCAGACCGAUAGAGACGCUUCUUCUGACGCGCUGCUUUUACAACUUAAUAUUAUUACGAUCUAUUAUACGAGCUACUCACGUUAGCUACUUUAGGUAGCUGCAUGCUAACACAGCGGUGCUAAUCUGCUAGCAUCACCCGGCUGUCUGCGGCUUCACACCGCGAGGAGACGUUAACGGUGACCUGGGACGGACGCUCCAUCAGCGGGGAACACUCGGAGAAGGACUCGGUAACCGGAGAGAGACAUGGCGGAGAGACCCGAAGAUCUGAACCUGCCCAACGCGGUGAUCACCCGCAUCAUCAAGGAGGCGCUCCCAGAUGGGGUGAACGUGUCGAAAGAAGCCAGGAGAGCCAUCUCCCAAGCUGCCAGUGUGUUUGUGUUAUAUGCAACAUCCUGUGCAAACAACUUUGCCAUGAAAGCCAAACGGAAAACUCUGAACGCCGGAGACGUUCUGGCUGCGAUGGAGGAAAUGGAGUUUGAGAGAUUCCUGGAGCCGCUUAGAGAAGCUCUGGAAGUGUACAAGAAGGGCCAGAAGGGAAAGAAGGAGGUGUCAGAGCAGAAACGCAAAGACAAAGAGAAGAAGACCGACUCUGAGAACGACAAGAGCCGAGAGGAGGAAGAGGAGGAGGAGGAGCGCAUGGAGGAGGAGCCGGAGCCCGAGAACGAAGCCGAGGAGGAGGAGGUGGAGAACUGAUGAAGCUCAGGACACAAAACCACGACAUGAACUCCAGCAGCGGCCGGGACGUGAUGCGUUUGAGUGCCGCUCGGUCAUCACAGAGCCGACAUGAAUGAGAACACCUGAGAGCAGCAGGAGGAGCUGAGAAGAGCCGAAGUUCCAGUAAUAAAGUCUCUGCAGCGGCAGCCAGACUACGUCAUGCACUUCUGAUCUUUUUGUAUUUUUAGUCGGGUUUGUUUUGUAUAUUUCUGCAACAACUUUUGAUACAAACUGUUCUCAGUAAAUUAACUUACUAUGGAACUCCAUUUCAGCCAGUAACAGAAAUUAUGGGGGGGGGGGGGGGGGGGGGUUAACAACCUUUGUGUCAUUAUUCAUGAGCAACUUUAUCAUAAUAACGACUCGGUAUAUAAAAAGAUACUCAAUGUUUUGAGAUAAGAGCUCAUUAUUGGGAUACGGAGUCAUUAUUUCAGUAGUUUCUCCUCAUUAUGAGCUACAGGAGGGUUUUCUUCCGAUCAUAAGGCUACAUUUUUUUAUCUUAUUUUUUCUUGUUCUUGCAGAAAUGGGUUUCCAUAAUAAACAGUAGUUCGUGUGAGUCAGCAGAAAGUUAAAUACAGACACUUUAGUAAAAGUUUUCAAUCAGUUUACGACCAGAGCGAGUGAAAACGUAGACCGUAGGUGAAAUGUUUUGAUAGUGAAACCUUUACAGUGACACCUUCGAUUUAAUAAUAAACUCUAUUUAACAAGAGAAGCCAAAGUUCUUGAACGUUAAACUUUGUAUGGAAACAAGAAGCUGUUCGAGAAACGGUGCAUCUCAAUACAUUAGAAUAUGAUGGAAAAGUCCAUUUCCAGUAGUGAUAAUGAUAACAACAAAAAUAGCUGAUAAGAGUUUAGUUUAAGAGCUGAUAUCUAGACAUUUUCCAUGGCUUUCUUGAUAACCAAAAUUAUUAUCAAGAAAACCAGAUAUCGGCUCUUAAAUUAAACUCUUAUCAGCUAUUUUUGUUAUUCUUCAUCAUUACAUUUGUCCAAACAAAUAUACCUUUAGUCGUACCAAGCAUUAAAAUAAACGAGAGGAAGGAGAAAACAAGGGUGGUCUAAUAAUAUUUUCCAUGACUGGAGAUGGACAUACUUUUCAUAGGCCAACAUUUUCAUGUUAAACAUACUUUUUAAAAUUAGGCUUUUUGUAAUCACAUUUUUUUGAGACACUGAAUUUUAGGUCUUCAUUAAAUGUAAGCCAUAAUCAUAAUUAGAAGAAAUUAAAUACAUUAGCAUGAAAUGUUUCAUUCUGUGUGUAAUGGAUCUAUAUAAUGUGUUAUUUCCACUUUUUGAAUUGAAUUACUGACAUAAAUAAACUUUUCUAUGAUAUUCUAAUUUAUUGAGAUGCACCUGUAGAUUUAAAUCGGGAACGUCUUGAUCAAAGACGAAGAAAACUUGAAAUUUGAUUCUUACUAUUUUAAAUCUAGUCGUGAAUGCAGCAUCAGUCGGGUUGUUUGGAUUGAACUGGAACAAGCUGCUGUCUGUGUACUUCAACAUUUUGGCUCAAUACUAGAAAGAAGCACCAGUGUGUGUAACAGCUUCGUGUGAUAAAUACUGACAUGGUUAUUUCAGGACUUCAGUAUAAAAAGCUGCACACUCGUUCUUCACCUUUUUGUUCCUGAUCUGCUGAGUUUUUGAACCGUUUAUACUUUUGUAGAAUUGUAUAUGACUGGUCAAGAUUUUCAAUAAAUAUUUUGUAUGAAAACCAAAA